CAUUUUUUCAAGCGAAACCCGGACAUUCCCCCGAUAGACAACUAUAUCCUCCAAGUACCCAUAUUCUCUACAAAUUCAUUCAUAAUUCCAACGGACCUUACCACAGCUUCUUCGGGAAAGAAGCCUUUUUUCAAAAAUGCCGAUCAACCAACCCUCAAAUCAGAUCAAAUUCACCAAUGUAUCAAUCGUGCGGUUAAAGAAGGGCAAGAAGCGCUUCGAGCUCGCCUGCUAUAAGAACAAACUCCUAGAAUACCGCUCCGGUGCCGAGAAAGAUCUGGACAAUGUCCUCCAAGUACCUACGAUUUUCCUGUCCGUGUCAAAGGCCCAGACCGCACCAUCCGCAGAGCUCACCAAGGCGUUCGGAGCCAACACGCCGGCCGACGAGAUCCGUCAAGAGAUCCUGCGCAAGGGUGAAGUCCAAGUUGGCGAGCGGGAGCGCAAAGAGAUCAUCGAGCGUGUCGAGAAGGAAAUCCUGGAUAUCGUAUCAGGCCGACUGGUCGACCCCACGACGAAACGAGUCUACACCCCGGGAAUGAUCUCCAAGGCGUUGGAUCAGUUGAGCUCAGCCAGCGGACAGCAACAAACACAAGGUCAGGCUGCCGGCAACAGCGAAGCAAACGGUGAAGGAGAUGAGAGCCACGCACCGGCCCAGCCGCGAAAGCCACUGUGGACGGGUGUCACUGCGAACAAGUCCGCAAAGAGUCAGGCACUGGAUGCUAUGAAGGCAUUGAUCGCGUGGCAGCCGAUUCCGGUGAUGCGGGCUCGCAUGCGUUUGCGUGUAACUUGUCCGGUCUUGCUUUUGAAACAGAGUGUGAAGGUUGCGGGGGGAGCCGCAGGCGCGAACAAGGAGAGGGAGACGCCGCCGCCGAAGGGUGGUAAGGGGAACAAGAAGGGUGGUAAGGGAUCGAAGAAGUCCGCCCGUCAACAGGACUCCGAGGAUGAGGCAGGUGGCUCUGACGCUGAGGCUGCACCGGCCAAGGGCCCCAGCAACGUCAAGGACAAGAUCCUUAGCUAUAUCGAAUCUGUGGAGGGGCAGGAGGUCGUCGGAGGGGACGAGUGGGAGGUCAUCGGCUUCGCGGAACCUGGAGCUUUCAAGGGAUUGAACGACUUUGUGGGCAAUGAGACCCGUGGCAGAGGACGGGUGGAGGUGCUUGAUAUGGCUGUCACCCACGAGGAUUAAUGGAGGUGCUUUGCUCAGAGAUGUGGACUGCAUUGGCCCAAAGCGAGUAUAGAUGACAUGACUGAUGACUAGAAAAUGGAAUGAACUGUACG